AUGCAGAAUGUCUACAGCGACCUCUUCCUGCUCGAGAACCAGCUCCCCUUCUUCGUCCUCGAGCGCUUCUACGCCAUCGCCACCGGCGGCCGAGGCCGCGACCACCUCGUCACCAGCCUCCUCGCCAAGUACCUCACCGUCGAGACACCGCAGGACGCCGCCACGGCGAAGCCCCCCGACGGCGAGAUCCUCCACCUGCUGCACCUCUACUACCACUGGUUCCUCCCACCACAAGAUGAGGACGCCGCCGUCCCUCCCGCUGGCGGCAACAACAAGGUCACCGAGGAGGAGGAGGCGUUCAACGAGUGGCUGGCCAAGCCCAUGGACGAGCGCUUGCCGUGGCUGCUCCCCUCGGCGUCGGAGCUGGAGGACGCCGGCGUCACGUUCCGGGCCAAGAAGUCCCCCCGGAGCCUCGUCGACGUGACGUUCCGCGCCCGCGACGGCGUGCUCGAGAUCCCGGCCGUGGAGAGCUACACGAACCGCGCCAUGUUCGCCAACCUCCUCGCGUACGAGCAGAGCCGGGGCCGGUGGGAGCUGCAGCGCCUGAUGAGCUACGUGGUGCUCAUGGCGUCGGUGGCAUCGCACGGGCGGCGCGACGUGGACAUCCUGCAGCGGGCCGGGGUGUUCGUCAAGGGGGACGAGGAGACGGCGGCGUUCUACGCGCACCUUGGCGAGCUCUGCGGCGGUGCCGCCGCCGGCACGCCGGGCGUCGCCAACAACUGCUACGCCGACAUGUUCCGCGACGUGAGGGAGUACUGCGGCCGCAGCUGGAACAGGCACCGCGCCGUGCUCGCUCACGACUACUUCAGCAACCCGUGGACGAGCAUGUCCGCCGCCGCCGCCGUGCUCCUGCUCGUCCUCACCGUCGUGCAGACCGUGUACACCGUGCUGCCGUAUUACCACCCUUAA